AUGUCGAUAAGAAACAAAAAAUGUGUACAACAAUCCAAGAAAGACGAAGAAUCUCCUCAACACACAGUUCUACUUGAUAUAUCACCUCGAUUCCAAUGGGAUCAUGGAAAUGGUUACUGUGGUGAAGUAUCUCUUCAAUGUAUUGGACUUUACUAUGGUGCUUGGAUUUCUCAAGGUCUCAUUCGUGAUCUUAAUAAAGGUGAAUUUCUUUUACAACGAAUGUCACCCAAUGAUAAACGUGAUCCACUUCGUACUAUUAGUUUACUUCGUUUCGAAUACGAUGAAUGGGAUUGGAAGAAUUCACCUCCAGCACAAUAUCGAGAAUUUUGCCGUUGGAUGAAACUAUCUCUUGUACGAAAACAUCCAGUCAUGUUUGGAAUCUUCCUUCCAGAUGAUGAUUGUGACGAUUAUGAUCAUAUCAUACCAGCUGUUGGUAUUCGAUACAGAUAUUCCGAUGUAUAUGAUCCAGAUGAUAAACUAACUUUUUAUGAUCUUUACUCACCAAGAGCAUUUGAAAGAUGUUUAAGUGAAGAAACCAUGGCUUCGACUAGGGCAGAUAUGUCAACAAUCAAUAUUCGUGGUGAACGUAUACCGUUAAUUACUGAUUAUGGUAUUGCAAUAACAGGAGUGAGAGAUAAAGAUCGUGUAACACUUCUUGUUCAUCUAGCAGUAUCAGCAAGAGAUGAACCAGAUCCCGUAAUUAAUGAAAAGUCAAGAGAGAUGGAUGGCAUUGUUACAGUGAGCAAUUUGACGAUAGGAAAUACAUAUGUUCUUCUUCGUUAUGCUUCCUACAAGUUUACUCCCAUAGAAGGAGAUGCUAACAAUUUCAUUAAUUCAUUUUUCGAUGUUAAACACGAGUUCAUCGCUGACAACAGCACAUACAUUUACAAAGACCCUAAAAAAAUACCAUCAAAAGGAUCUGUUUAUUAUCGUUGUGUUUUAAAGCCUGACGUUGACCAAAAUUCAAGUGAAUAA